AUGAAACUUGCUUUUUAUUUGGCCAUCCUAGCUGGGACAGUUUUCUUCACUCACUCAACUGUGCAGAAAGAGGACUAUGCUCCUUAUAUAGCCUACCUCAAGUCUAACUUCAACCCCUGUGUGGGUGUCCUCAUCAAGGCCAGCUGGGUACUGGCUCCAUCUCACUGCUAUUUACCAAAUCUGAGGGUGAUGUUGGGAAAUUUCAAGAGCAGAGUCAGAGAUGGGACAGAGCAGACAAUUCACCCCAUCCAGAUCGUCCGCUACUGGAACUUCAGCCACACUGCCCCGCAGGAUGACCUCAUGCUUAUUAGACUAGCUAAGCCUGCCACCUUCAACCACAAAGUCCAGGUCCUUCCCAUCGCCACCACCAAUGUCCGGCCGGGCACUGUCUGUACACUUUCAGGCUUGGACUGGAGUCAAGAAAACAUUGGCAGGCACCCUGACUUAAGGCAGAAUCUUGAGGCUCCGGUGAUGACUGACAAAGACUGCCAGAAAACACAACAAGGAAGCAGCCACAGAAACUCCUUAUGUGUGAAAUUCGUGAAAGUAUUCAGCCGAAUUUUUGGGGAGGUGGCUGUAGCUACUGUCAUUUGUAAAGGCAAGCUCCAAGGAAUUGAAGUUGGACACUUCAUGGGAGGGGACGUCGGCAUCUACACCAAUCUUUACACAUAUAUACCAUGGAUUGAGAAGACCAUCAAGGAAAAGUUGAAAUGA